AGUUUUCAUCUUCAUUCAGUGGCACACAAAUUUAUAAUUAAAAAAAAGAUUUGACUAUAUUCAGAUAAAAACCAAAUCUCGAGAAAUCGAAUCUUACAGUAAAAAAAAUUAGAAUACUAAGUUUUGUUGAUAAUAAUUGGGAAUAUGAUUGCAGAAUUUUGUGUAUCACAGAUAUUGAGUCACCUUACCCCCAAAAUAUCGCUUCCACAACUAGCUCCCUCGUCUCCAUAUGGCUUCCCCUCAUUAUUUUUCAUUUCCAUUUCCAUUUUGCUUCGUUUACCAAAGCAAACCAAAACCCCACUCACUUCUUCCACUCUUUCUUCUUUGUGAUGAAUGUCAAUUCGUUUCAGGAUCAAAAUAUCUGCAUUUUGCAAAGCAAUUCGCCUCUGUUGCAGUUGAAGCAUAUGCCAGGGAACAUGUAUAAUGGCAGCCCUGGUACACCGGGAACGAGACUGGAAAGGCUUUUGAGAGAAAGAGAAUUGCGGAAAAACCGGUCAGCACAAGUGAAUGAUGUAGAACAAACUUUUUCUGGGAGUGACUCAUGUUUUAGUGAUGGUGAAAAUUGGAGUGUACUUGAUGAGGAAGAGUUUAUUGCAGCAGCAAGAGCUUUGAGUGAUAGUGCUGAGAGGCAAGAAGGACGGCCUAAACAACGUUUGCUGGUGGUAGCCAACAGGUUACCUGUGUCUGCCAUUAGGAGGGGGGAUGACUCGUGGCAACUUGAGAUGAGUGUUGGGGGAUUAGUCAGUGCACUACUUGGCGUGAAGGAGUUUGAGGCCAGAUGGAUUGGCUGGGCUGGUGUAAAUGUACCUGAUGAAAUUGGUCAAAAAGGACUAACUAAAGCCCUUGCAGAAAAGAGGUGCAUCCCAGUGUUCCUUGAUGAAGAAACUGUCCACCAAUAUUACAAUGGUUAUUGUAAUAACAUAUUGUGGCCUCUUUUUCACUAUCUUGGGCUUCCACAGGAAGAUCGUUUAGCAACCACUCGUAGUUUCCAAUCUCAGUUUGAUGCAUAUAAAAAGGCAAACCAAAUGUUCGCUGAUGUGGUGAACAGUGUUUAUGAGGAGGGAGAUGUUGUUUGGUGCCAUGAUUAUCACUUAAUGUUUCUUCCAGAAUGUCUAAAAGAUUAUAACUGCAACAUGAAAGUUGGUUGGUUUCUUCAUACACCCUUUCCUUCCUCAGAAAUACAUAGGAUGUUGCCUUCUAGAUCAGAGCUUCUGAGAUCUGUUCUUGCCGCUGAUUUAGUUGGCUUUCACACAUAUGAUUAUGCAAGGCAUUUUGUUAGUGCCUGUACUCGUAUACUUGGGCUUGAGGGCACACCUGAAGGAGUAGAGGAUCAAGGAAGGCUGACUCGUGUUGCUGCGUUUCCAAUUGGGAUAGAUUCUGAUCGGUUCAUCCGAGCUCUUGAACUCCCUCAAGUCAAGGAUCACAUGAAAGAAUUGCAAGAUAGAUUUGCAGGCCGAAAGGUUAUGUUAGGUGUUGAUCGUCUGGAUAUGAUCAAGGGAAUACCUCAAAAGAUUUUGGCUUUUGAAAAAUACCUUGAGGAAAAUCCAAGUUGGCGUGAUAAAGUAGUUCUAAUUCAAAUUGCUGUACCAACAAGGACAGAUGUUCCUGAGUAUCAGAAGCUUACUAGUCAGGUUCAUGAGAUUGUUGGGCGCAUUAACGGAAGAUUUGGAUCCCUUACAACUGUUCCAAUACAUCAUCUGGAUCGAUCUCUUGAAUUUCAUGCAUUAUGUGCACUUUACGCUGUUACUGAUGUAGCACUUGUUACAUCUUUGAGGGAUGGAAUGAACCUUGUCAGCUAUGAGUUUGUUGCCUGCCAAGAUUCAAAGAAAGGAGUCCUGAUUCUUAGUGAGUUUGCAGGUGCAGCACAGUCUCUUGGUGCUGGGGCAGUAUUGGUAAAUCCAUGGAAUAUCACAGAAGUUGCUGCUUCAAUUGGUUAUGCUUUGAACAUGCCAGCUGAUGAAAGAGAAAAGCGGCACCACCACAACUUCAUGCAUGUGACUACUCACACAUCUCAAGAAUGGGCUGCAACCUUUGUAAGUGAACUCAAUGAUACAAUUGUUGAAGCUCAACUGAGAACUAGGCAAGUUCCACCCUUACUUCCUAUUAAAGCUUCGGUCGAUAGCUUUCUGCAGUCCAAGAAUCGAUUGCUCAUAUUGGGAUUCGACGCAACUUUAACUGCACCAAUGGACUCCCUGGGGAGAAGGGGUGGUCACAUUAGAGAAAUGGAUCUCAAAUUGCAUCCAGAAUUAGAAGGUCCCUUGAAGAAGCUUUGUGAUGAUCCAAGGACAACGGUCAUUGUCCUUAGUGGAAGCGACAGAAGUGUCCUAGAUGAAAAUUUUGGUGAUUACAACUUGUGGCUGGCAGCAGAAAAUGGGAUGUUUUUACGCCUGACAGCAGGAGAGUGGAUGACAACAAUGCCAGAAAAUCUGAAUAUGGAUUGGGUUGACAGUGUCAAGCAUGUUUUUGAGUAUUUUACUGAAAGGACACCAAGAUCACAUUUUGAGGUCCGAGAAACGUCACUUGUAUGGAACUACAAGAAUGCAGACCUUGAGUUUGGAAGGCUUCAAGCUAGGGAUAUGUUGCAGCAUCUAUGGUCAGGCCCAAUCUCAAAUGCAUCUGUUGAUGUUGUUCAAGGUGGCCGAUCUGUCGAGGUCCGGGCUGUUGGUGUUACAAAGGGUGCAGCAAUUGAUCGAAUCCUAGGAGAAAUAGUUCAUAACAAAGGCAUGAAGGCACCUAUUGAUUAUGUGCUCUGCAUUGGGCACUUUCUACAGAAGGAUGAAGAUGUCUAUAAUUUUUUUGAGCCAGAGCUUCCUGCUGAAGCACCUCCUGUAACAAGACUCAAGGUGCCUGACCAUUUCAGGACUUCCAGUCCACAGCUUCCAACCGGUGGAGGUGAGACCAAGGUUCCUUUCAGGAAGCAACGGUCCUUGUCAUCCAUAGAAAGAAAAGUUACAAAUUACUUGGCUGGUGGCAUUUGGCGGCCUACAAAGCAUGACAGAAUGUCAGUGAAUGAAGGUUCUUCAGUACUCGAUUUAAAGGGUGACAAUUACUUCUCUUGUGCUGUUUCGAAGAAGCGAUCAAAUGCAAGAUAUCUGCUUGGAUCAUCUAGUGAUGUUGUCAUACUUUUAAAGGAGCUGGCAGAGUCUUUAAUUUACUAACUAGGUGAAUGCAGAAGGCUUUAGCACCAUACUGAUAGUGUAGCAGUUGCUAUAUUACAAUUUUUUCCCGAGUCCACCAUUUUACAUACACAAUCUUGGCUAUUGGUGCCUUGUUCAAACGAAUUAUCCUGAAAAUUAAAGAUAAAAGAUAACAAGCAUGCACAUUUUAGUC